UGGAGGCAAUGAUGUUAUCAAAUCCCACGGAUUGCGUUAUGGAUGAAGAAUAUGGAACUUGCAUGUGGCAUCGACCUCGUCGCAUGCUACAAAUUUUCUCAUUAAAGGUGGCUAAAAUUCCUGUGGAUGCUGGAAAGAUAGAGUUAUAUGGAUACAUAGCAGCGCGGGAUGAUCUGGAACCAUUGCUUAACUAUGUCGUCAAUGUUAGCAGGGAUGAUCCUAUCAUCGUGGAGCAGGGUUCUCUCAUCACCAUGGCCCCUAAGCGAGGGAUCAAAUUGGGUUAUGAUACUCUAAUAGAAUAUGAUAUGAAGAUCAAGACAGGUGAACAUGAAAAGGAUGAUCUACAGCUGAUCGAUGGUGUAUCUGUUAUAGGUAUCAUGGGCACUCCCAAUUGGAGUGUAUUCACAAGUCGCAUCAUUGGCAAUUGUGGCGCAAUUGACAUAAGUGCAUCACGUCUGGACCAUGCAGUUGAGGCGACUGUAGAAGUCGUCAUAUCAGAAGUCCAAGGCGGUUUCAAUAUGCGUCUCGGCUGUUUUAUCAGUGAGUUUGAUGAAGAGAUCCAGCUCUUUGAUGGCACCAUUGGUGAGCCCCGUUGCUUGACGAGGUAUGUGAUUGCAGUUGUGAUAGGCACUCAGAUGGAUAUGAAGUUCAAGGUAGGUGCAGGGUCUUUCAGAUCAUCAGAACAUUGCUGUUCCUUCACAGCGCACAAUCAUGGACAUGAUGAUCAACUGAUAGAGACCGAUUUUGCAUUAAUCUCGGUGAAGGUGACUUGGUCUGUUUUACCUGGUGGUUGGUCAUCUGACUUUAUGCAAGCUUUGUUGAAAAGCUGGGCGUGACUGGUAGACCUAUGAGGAAAUUAGCAGUCUAGAGUGGUGGCAGCAGGACUGGAACAGUACUCUAAGUUUAGGCGUGCCAAUUGUAAAAAAAAAAAUGGGAAUCCCCAACUAGUGUAAGAA